AGCUUGAGACCAAAGAUGAAGGCAGAGAAGGAGUCUCCUUCAAAAGCCAGAAUAAUUUCAAAUAUAUUAUUGCUCGUCGGUCUUGGUUUCUUCAAUACAGGUGGGGUUCUGGCAGUGAAUAUGACUAUCCCCAACACUCUUAUUAGAGGUACAGUAGGAGGGGAGGCCCUUCUGUCCGUCCGCUACGUGAGCCUCAGCCCCGACCUGCCAGUCAUCAAGUGGCAGCUCCAGAGAGAAAAGUCUGUCACUGUUGUCCAGUCGAUUGGAACAGAUAUUAUUGGGACCCUGAGGCCUGAGUAUCGUGACCGCAUCCUGGUAUUUGAGAAUGGCACUCUGCUUCUCCACAACCUCAGACUCUCUGAUGAAGGGGCUUAUGAUGUAGAGAUCUCCAUCACAGAUGAUAUCUUCACAGGAGAGGGCAACAUCGAACUCACCGUGGAUGAGCUGAUAUCCAGGCCUUAUAUCGACAUGGAGUCUACAUCAGUGCUGGAGCUCAGCCAAAACGUCGUCCUCAACUGCUCUCAUGACAAUGGAACCAGGACCACAUACAAGUGGCUAAAAGGGGGAAAACCACUGGCCAAUGUGACAAGGUUCGUUUUGUCACCUGACCAGAAGUUCUUGACCAUCACACGAGUUUUGAUGGCAGACGAUGACAUCUACAGCUGCUCGGUGGAGAAUCCUGUGGGCAACAUAACGAGCCUGCCCAUCAGGCUGACUGUCUACAGAAGAAGUUCCCUCUAUAUCAUCCUUUCCACUGGAGGCAUCUUCCUCCUGAUCACCUUGGUAACAGUAUGUGCCUGCUGGACGCCUUCAAAAGAGUCAAGACCUCCAACUACAAAGCUUCUCUCCACUGACCACUCUUUUCGGUCACCAAUCAAUCACACAGAUGAUGCUUUUCCAAAAAUGACACAGCAUAAUGGAAAGACUGCAGUAACGUCACUGUAUAUCCUGCAGCAAAAGGAUCCUUCCAUGGAUGACUCAUCCAGCAACAGCAUCGGAUCUAUUUCUGAACUUGACAUGCCUCCAUGCUACACCACUUCCAACCCCUACACUGACUCUAUUACCCAGUCUACUGGCUCCCCUGCCCGCCUCUCCCACAAGUAUACCUAA